CACUUGGCAUGUCAGGCUGCUUUAACAUCAGCAGUUCAACAUCUUUUGGAUUGCAAUGCUGAUGUGUUUGCUACAAAUAAUUCUCAUCAAACUGCUCUUCAUAAGGCAGCUUGUAGCAAGAGAGAUUGCCCUGAGGUUUGUGUGAUGCUCAUAGCAAAGGGAGCUCAAGUGAAUGCUACAGAUGGCAAUGGAGACACAUCUCUACAUGUUGCAUGUCAGAAAGGAAAUACGAACACAGUUGAUGUGUUAGUUGAAAAUGAUGCUGAUUGCAAUGUAGUGAAUGUGUGUGGUGAGACAUUACUGCACUUGGCUUGCAAGAGUCGUGUUGAAUGUGUUGAGUUGUGUGAUAAGUUGAUAUCACAUGGAGUGAACCCUCAUAUAGCUGACAGAGAAGGAAACUUACCUUUACAUGUUGCUUUGAAGAACAGACUUGCUAAGACAUUUGGCUGUUUGCUGCAAAAGUCAGGUGAAGCCAUAUUAGAUGUCUUACAGAAGGUGACUAUUGACAAAGAAGAUCUUGUAGCCAUUUUCAGUAGAGCUCAUAAAGCUAACGACAUUAAUACUUGUGGUCAUAUUAUUAAAUUUAGUGCUAAGUUAGACCCUUCAAAUAGAUUAUCUCUGAGAGCACUAAACUGUCAUACAACAAUAGGAUACUUACUCAUUCAGAGAGCAGUGAAAGAACAGAAUAUUACAUUUUGUCAGCAUUUGAUUGAUCAUGGCGCAUCUGUAAAUGCAGAAGUACCUCACAGCUAUCGAGAUCGUACUUUUAAGGACCCUCCUUUACAUCUAGCAGUGAAGGUGGGACGUUCAGAUUUAUGUUGUUUGCUGAUAGAACACGGUGCUACUAUUGACCCCAAGAUGAGAGGCAGAAUAGGUGCAUUGCAUUUAGCUGUUGUUAAUGAGCAGAAAGAUGUAGCAAGACUACUUCUGUCUCAUGGCGCUGAUGUGAGUAAAGUUGAAAUUAGUGGAGAAUCUGCUUUGAAGAGAUUAGAAACACGAGGAAAUGUCAAAAUGGCAUCAAUCAUUCAGGCUACCGAAACAUUUCCUGAAGAGAUUGUGUCCCAAGGAGAGACAGCAUUGCGUAUCUAUCUGUCAAGUUGUAAUGAGGGAUCAGCAGUGGAUGUGUUUUUACGUGUUGAUGUUGUUGGUCGUGAUGGUGCCGGCAAGACGAGCUUAACAAAAUCUCUCACUCUGCAGAAGUUCAAUCGUGAUGAGCCGAGCACAAGAGGAGUGGUGUUUGAUCCAAAGUGUCAGAUUAUUGUGAAGGAAGCAUGUGACUGGACCAACCCUCUCACAAGCGCUGACUACACAGAAAUUUAUGAGAAGAAUGUUGUGAUCAAUAUGGCAGAUACACUCGACACACCACAAGUGAAAGAUCAAUAUUUUAAGUCCAAAGAAAGUGAACAGCCAAUGAAACAGAAAGACUCCCACAUUACAAGCAAAUCAUCAAAGCAAGAGUUACAUGAGCAACCUGCUCCUGUUGGCAUGGAGCUUUCACUGCCUCAUGUACCACUUAAUGGUUUUUCUCAGGAGUUGCCCAUUACUUCUAAAAAACCAACAACUUUAGCAGUUCCACCACCAUCUGUUGCGUCAGAUUUGUUGGUGUCAUCACAAACGUCAUCAAAUUCGUUGCCAGUUGAUGACUCUAGAUAUUUGUCUGACAUCCCAGUCACAAAUGCAAAAGCAUCAGGUGGUACAGGCAUGCUUGUUGCUACAGCAUGUCCCGUGUUAGAUCAGAUUGAAUCAGAUUUUAGAAAUGAAGACAAUUUAGUUGUCAAAGGAGACAGCAAAUCUAUGGCUGGAAGAUAUUCGGUUGAUUUACACAGCAGUCAGGAAAGUAAAGCAGUAAACCAGCAGACAAGCAUUCCAAUUGCAAAUUUCCAAUCGGCAGGAACAAAUGCAACACAAGUGACAUCGAUAUUGCCUGGCAGUGUUGACGCUCCUUCUACUGAGAAUACAACUACUCUACCUCAACACAUUCAAGAAAGGGUUUCCAAGAUUUUGAGAGACCGAAAGUCUCAUCAAAAGGCUAAAAAAGAAAUCAUGCUUACUGUGUUGGACUAUGCUGGUCAGAAUGUGUUCUAUGUCACACAUCAUUUGAUCAUGUCAAAAGCUAGUUUUAUGUACAUCGUGUUUAAUGCUUCUCUACCAAUGGACGGCAAGACUCCAUGUCAGUUUUGCUCAGAAGAUGGACAAAUUAUCCACAUUCCUUUGUUUGAUAACGAAACAAACUUUGAUCGAUUGGAAGAGUGGGUAUCGGGUGUUCAUAUCAUGGAAGGUGAUCAGUCACGUCGUAUCAUGAUAUUUGAGAAAGAAGGAAUCAGAUCACCUGCCAUGUUUCUAGUAGGAACGCAUGUUGAUGAGCUAAAGGAGCAACCAGGGAUGAUGGAGAAACAGGACGCAUUCAUAAGGAAGAAACUGGAGGGCACAGUGCUGGCGGAGCAUAUCAUAUGGGCAUCUAAAGAUGUAAUGUGUUUCUAUGUGGAUAACACAGUGACAGAUCCAGACAGUGGAGUCGUAGAUCCACAGGUGAAAUUACUUCGUCAGAAGACAGAGGAUGUGGCUCACAAGGUAGCCCAACAUCACAGAUUGCCCAUCAGAUGGCUCAAGUAUGAGCAGAAGGUACGAGAAGUGAAAGUCUCUUAUCCAACAAAGAAGACGACAACUGUUGAUGAAUUACUGCAGCUUGCCAUGAAUGCUGCUGGAAUCAAAAGUCGAGAGGAGCUGUUGGUGUUGCUGCAGUAUUUGAGUAGUCGUGCAGUGUUGAUGUAUCAUCCCAUGGCAUUGAAGAGUGGAGAUGAUGAAGAAGUCGUGUUAGAUGUGGAAUGGUUUGUAUCACAGCUGCAGAAAGUGAUCACGAUAUACAUGGAAGGUGAUGUUCCUCCCAUGUUAUGGAAUGAUGUAAAACGCAGCAAAGAGAAAGGCAUCAUGACAAUGUCUCUUGUGAGACAUCUUUUAUCAGAUGCCGGUUCUGCUCAACGUCUCAUUGUGUCACUGAUGAGGCACUAUGAUUUGCUGUGUGAGUAUUCUGUUUUGGAAGAGGAGAAUCUGAAGACAGCAAGUGAUUACCAUGAUUUUCUUAGUCUGGAAGGAGGAGGUGAAUCACAUUGUGAAGUCAAACGAGACGUGUUUGAGAGUAAGGCUUGCUUCAUUCCUUGUCUUUUGGAGCAUGCAGCUGGUCUUGAGUCAUGCAAGAUGAAUGAUGAGCUGAAGUCAUUGCCCCUCAUCUUGUCAUCUGCUCCCAUUUGCAUUCCUCAGCCAUUAUUCUACAGAGUACUGACUCUUCUCUGUAAACGGUUUCGUCGCUUGGCAGUUAUUUAUCGCAAUGUGGGCUACUUCCACAUCUAUCCUGGUCAUCGACUGGAGUUUGCUCUCAACAGAUACAACUUUCAAAUGACUGUGUUGUCAGAGACACACGCUCCUCUCAAUGCCAAGGUGUGUGUUGCUGUUCGUGAGUGGAUUGUUGAUGUUGUCGACAAGGCAAAACAGCAAGGAAUGCCGGGAUUGACGUUGCAGUUGGGAUUUGAAUGUGAUGUGUCUACAUCCACUUCUAACAUUGAGUUUAUCUCUUUGGAUGGAUAUCAAAAUUCUCGUUUUCAGCUCUACAGCAGUGUGAUGAAACGAGAAGUUCAACCUCCUCUCAGACUUUCUCUCUGGAAAGUGAAACGAUGUUAUCCUUCUAUGCUGCCUCUCAACUAUCACGGCACAACAGUAGUAUAUUUAUUGUCUUGCUUAUAUUAUUAG